CUGUGAGCCAAACCCUAUGCAAUUAUUCUUAGGUAAGCCCUUUGCUUUACAGUCAUUAAAUUUAAAUAAAUAAAUCACACUCAUAAUUUAGAUGGUGUUUUCCAUGGAAUGGAAACUCCAUUAUUUCUUGUGGUUUGGCUUUAGUUGUCCGCCAGUCUCAGUCAGCUUGAGUUUAUGGGCGUAAUUGAAGCAGUUGAUUUUAAAAUAUUCUAUAUUGUGGAACAUGGGUGUUGUCACUUGGCGGCGUCUUCUUAUUGUUACCAAACCUUGUAGUCUUUUAAUAUCGAUUUCAGUCCUACCCUUGCACUGAAAUUAAUCUUACAAAUUGCCCAUACUGACAUAAGGCUAAGCUCUCACAUCUUUAUCAUAUUGCCUGUUUUUCUUUGUCUUUGUCGUCUUCUUUUUUUUCUUCCUUGUUGCUUGCAGGAUUUGCCUACUUAUGGUACAAGGACCAUAGGCAUCAUCAUGGAAAGGAACUUAGAAGAAAGCCUUGUUCUGCAUGAAGAAUCUAAGGAUAUGGCAGAAAGUGAAUUUGAUCCAUCAAUCUUGCUUUCAAUGCCCAAUUCACCAAGCCAAAAUGGCAGACCAAGCAGCAUGGUUAUCAAGGCAAGUUCUUUUAAUUAAUCUGACCUUUUAAGAACAUUAUUUUGAAAAAGGAAAAAACAGAUUUUCUUUUACUUGAUAUUUGAGUUUUCUUUUAAUUGUGCAUUGAACUUUUAACAAGCAGAAAGCACAAAGUGUAAUCCCUGCUCAUUUGGUAGCUGAAGCAAUCUCAACACUACAAGGCCUUGACUUGAGAUGGUCUGGUCCCAUAACACCCACUGAAAUGCAAUAUGUAGAGCAAUAUGUCUUUGCAAAAUAUCCUCAAUAUUGCAAUGGACUUGUGGAAGAUGGACUAAAGAUGAUUGAUGUCGACAGUCUAUCCAACAAUGACGAGUCCUUUGAGACCGUUGCCGACAAUAAGCAGAAAUCACCGAGGAUUGUAGGCAACAGGGAGUCCUUUUCAUCUUCAUCAACUUCUGGUAUGGUAGAUAUUGACAACACUCAAUUGGAGCCUUCAAGGCUUCUUGAUAUCCUCACUAGGAAAACUUCUUUCCUAGGGAACUUCGUUUCAAUACCUGAAAUUCAAGCUCAAAACAGGGCUUUGAAACAUUGUGGGCUAAGUGAAGAUGAGUAUUUAGUGCUUUUCAUGCCAAAUUACAAGGAUGCUAUGAUGUUGAUUGGUGAAAGCUACCCCUUCUUUAAAGGGAACUAUUAUUUGACAAUCAUUGCUGAAGAAUCAGACUACAUAAGGGAAUUCGCUAGCCAGAGAGAAUCAAAGGUUAUUUCAGCACCAGAAACAUGGUUAGAUUUGAGGAUUAAAGGAUCACAACUCAGCCAAAACUUCAGAAGAAAAUGUAAACAUAGUCCCAAAGGGCUUUUUGCCUAUCCAGCUGAUGUAAGUGGGACGACUAGGCUUUCAAUGCAUUGGAUCUCGGAGGCACAUAGAAACUCAUGGCACGUUCUCCUUGAUGCGACCCCGUUGGUUUUCAGCGAGGGCCAGCGGCUGCCACUCGCACUCCACCAACCGGACUUUGUGUUAUGUACAGUUGAUAACACCCACGCUCACCCUUCCAAGAUUACCUGCCUGCUUGUUAGGAAAAGAUCAUUUGAUACCACCUCUUCUUCUCCCUAGAUUUGCAUUUUCUUCAAGCCUUGUUUCAGUUCACAUGGAUCUCGGAGGCACAUAGAAACUCAUGGCACGUUCUCCUUGAUGCGACCCCGUUGGUUUUCAGCGAGGGCCAGCGGCUGCCACUCGCACUCCACCAACCGGACUUUGUGUUAUGUACAGUUGAUAACACCCACGCUCACCCUUCCAAGAUUACCUGCCUGCUUGUUAGGAAAAGAUCAUUUGAUACCACCUCUUCUUCUCCCUAGAUUUGCAUUUUCUUCAAGCCUUGUUUCAGUUCACAUGGAUCUCGGAGGCACAUAGAAACUCAUGGCACGUUCUCCUUGAUGCGACCCCGUUGGUUUUCAGCGAGGGCCAGCGGCUGCCACUCGCACUCCACCAACCGGACUUUGUGUUAUGUACAGUUGAUAACACCCACGCUCACCCUUCCAAGAUUACCUGCCUGCUUGUUAGGAAAAGAUCAUUUGAUACCACCUCUUCUUCUCCCUAGAUUUGCAUUUUCUUCAAGCCUUGUUUCAGUUCACAUUGCAGUAAAGAGUUAUCUACGUUUCCAAAAA